UUUAUUAUCCCAAUAUUUGUAUUCAGAAAGUGUAAUCAAUUAACAGAUUGAUCGAUCCCCUCAUUCAUGGCGUCAAUUAAUCGUGCGAGGGAGUGAAUAGAAGAUCCCAAUAGUUUGUUUACAACGCUGAUCUGGAUAUGUAUCUGGAAUUAUCACACAAAUAUUUGCAAUAUCAACCACUUUGCAUAAAAAAAUAAGUUACAGCAUACCUAUAAUCGAUUAUUAUAAUGUAUAUGGAAGAUAUAUAUCAAAGUUUUAUUUAAACGGGGGUGCAGAGCACAGACAGAACAGCCAGAUAUUUAUGCAAAGCAGUUGUGUACAGUCUGCACCCAGUCACCGAUUCAAGUAUCGAGAAAGAAGACACAUGCGAAAAAAUUACACGGAUAUUUAAGUUCUGCGAGAAUUAGUGGAUCCAAGAUGGACCAUCUUAUACCAGCACAUUAUAAUCCACAUCUGAAGAAGGUAUUGAAAAGUUUACAAAGCGCUGCAACCGGUAGUUUAAGCGGACCGAGCCGUUUUGUUGCCACAUGGGGCGAUCCAUCAAAAUUGAGCCCGAGCGAAAUGGACAGAAAAAUGAUGGAGGCGGCUUACGCCAAAAAAGGAGAAACGAAAGUGGAUUACGACCCUUUGCUUGUUCCUCCUCCGUUUCCCAUACAACAGAUGCCCAUGUUCAUACCCAUGGAUUUAUCGAGAAGCGACAAAACGGAGACCGUUCUGGAGGGUGAGAACAUUGCCUGUUUUGUUGUUGGUGGAGAAAAGAGGCUAUGUUUGCCUCAGAUUUUGAACACUGUCCUUCGGGACUUCAGCUUGCAACAGAUAAAUACUGUAUGUGACGAACUACAUAUAUUCUGUUCCCGGUGCAAUCCCAGUCAGUUGGAAAUAUUAAAAUGCACAGGCAUUUUGCCUCGAAGCGCACCCAGUUGUGGACUUAUUACAAAAACUGAUGGUGAGCGACUUUGUCACCGAUUAUUACAUGGAACCCCAGAGAAAUCGAUGGACCCCCCUACACCAAACAGUUUUAAAGUUUACCAUGAAUGCUUUGGUAAAUGCAAAGGACUCUUCAUGCCAGAAGUUUAUGUGUCGCAGAAUGCAAAAUGCAUUGAAUGCUUAGACUGUAAAGGAAUGUUCACCGUAGAAAAGUUUGUGUGUCAUUCCCACAAGGCACUAGAAAAUCGCACAUGUCAUUGGGGGUUCGAUUCCGCUAACUGGAGAUCGUAUUUACUAAUAGCAAAAGAUCAGGACAAUCGUGAUCGCCUAAAUGAUGUAUUAGAUUGUAUGAAAGAUCGUUUUGACCUGACAAAUUCCUACAAAAGGAAACAGAGUCCAAGUCCAUCGCGGGAAGAUACAAAACGGCAACGUCACCAAGAUGAGAGUACUUCACCUCAACAGGGAGAUCCUACAUGGCCCGAGAGUAGUCAUCUUCGCCAUCUAUCAGCAUUCAGACCCUGGUCCCCCAGUGUCCUCAAUCUGCUUAAAGAUGGUGGUGGUCUACCCCCACCCCCUGCACAUAUGAGAGAAACUGUGCCAAGACAGCCUGUACCAUCAUUCCUCCAUACAGGAGCCCCUGUCUUAUUGAACCCAGAACGAGUUAUACCCCACACAGAUAACACCCAGCGUGAACGUCACUUUGCACCAAAUGUAUCACUAGCGCCACCUGCAGCGCAGAAGAUUAAGAAGGAACCAGAAUUUGAUGAAAAUACUGAAAUCAAAACUGAGGUCGAAGAUGAAGAGUUCAUUGAUGUGUCUACUGAUAGUGGCGACGAUACUUCAGUUGAUCACUCAGUGUCGAGUCCACCAGAAACACCAUUUGGCAAAACACCUGAUGAUCCCAUUGAAGCGGAGAUUGAACUACUGCGCCAAGCUCUAGAGGGGAAAAUUGGACGAGGGGAGGGUGAACGGAACAGCUACUUGGAAAAGUAUCGAUCUUUAAGACGCAAGCACUCCCAGCAAUUGAGAGAUGCUUUGGAAGCAAACUUGGUUCUAAACCAGGAGCUCGCUUCACUGCGUAAGAGUCAAAAUGAAGAGUUCCGGAAAACAAAGGAAUUACGAGAGAAGUUUAUGUCUGACUUGGAUCAGUUACGACAAGAAAAUGAGGCACAAGUGAAAGCCCUGGAGGCAAGUCAAGAAAAGUUGAGCGCGGAACUUGAAAGAGAGAGAAAACAACAAAAGUCCAACUCAGAUAUUGUAAAGGUGAAGGCACGUUAUCGAGCACAAAUCACCGAACUACAAUCCCAGUUGAGACAACAAGAGCGGGAAACAUCAACCUUACGUGAUGAGUUAAAUCAACUGAAGAAAGAACUCACUCAGUUCAAGCCAGUCAAAUCACCCCUUGCACCAGUGAACCUUGUGCAGAAGUCAUCAUUGGAAGGCCAUGUUAAACAAAAGACUAGCGACAAUGAUGCAUGUGAGAAUGUGAAAUUAUCAGUAUUAGCUACUGGUGAUAAAGACAGUAAAGAUAAAGACACUGGUGAGAAUAGAGACUUGCAUGGGAGUAGCUUGCUAAUAGAGAGUGUGGGCACAGCAUCAAUCGCACCCUCAUAAACUACAAUGGGUAUGUGUAUAUUGUAUGGGAUUAUGGGUCUAAUCUACAUACAAGUUUUAGCAAGUAGAUGCUAUUAUUAUUGUAAAUAUGUUAGAUCUAAAGUAGCUUAAUGUCUACAGAAUGUAGAGAACGGAGAAUACUCAGCUACUGAAGACUAUAAUGCCAAGUAAACUUGACACUGGAUACAGCCCUGCGAAGGGCCGCAUUAUACAGGAGCGGGGCCUUGGGUGCUAUAAUAUACAGGGGCUGUGUCCAGGCUAACUGAAGAAAUCUUUGUCACUAGAAUAUAUUUGCCAAAGGGUGGCGUUAAUGCAGUACUGAAUGUAUGGAAAGAUAUGAAUGUGAUAUGAGAUCAGAGCUCUUUUGGGUUGGAGGAGAAAUAGUCUCUGAUAGAGCUCUUCAGUGAAGAAGGGGAAACUAGGGAGUGUAAAUAUGAUAUUGUCAACCUGGGGUAUGUCCCAUAUAGUAUUGUAUAUAGCUAAAUAUUGUACAUAGUAUGAGAGGAUAUAUUGUAUUCAGACAUUACAUCAUGUAUAGAGUGAUAUAUAUAAGAAUCAAGGUAGUAGUGUAAGAGGGGAUCUGAUGAUCAUCUUUCUGGAAUACUCUAGACAUCCCACUUUUCUGAUUUGAUUUGCAAUAAUUUUUUUUGUUUAUGCUUAUGUACCCUAAAUUGCAAUAGGUAGAGUGCAAAGCAAGUCUGGCUCUCUAUUAAUAUGUGUGUUUUCCGGAACCCAACUUUUUGAUAUUUCUGUCAGUUUUUACCUCAUUAUGAAUUUAGAACCUGACAUGCGAAGUCUUAAGUAAAUAAUGAGUCAUUUUUAAAGCCUGGACAUAAAGGUCAAAUAAAGUCAUAUAUAAAUUUUGAUGCAGACUGGUGUUAUACAUAUAAGUAAACAUUAUAGAUUUUAUAAAUAUUCAAAUAGAACACAGUACUUGAGAUUGACCCGAGUGGUUAUAUAGUGAUAUUUACACUAAUAGCAAAUCACUCUAGAUAUCCAAAGUCCCCUGACCCUGCAUGUAAAACAACGUGCUUCAAUUUUGUUCUAUUUUUGUAAAACAAGCAUUUAGAUUUAGCUUAAAAUAUGAUAAGUUCAAAAGGUAUAAGUAUUGACUAGGUGUCAUUUUGGUCAUUCAGAUUUCACAAAAUCAGCCAAUAUUCUGCCGUGUUACAAGAUUCUUCAGUCACAAUAACAAUGUUCUCUCUUGAUCAACAAUGUGAAUGCCCCAAGCAACUCAUGAGCACAUGCCAACAUUGAACUUGUUUAUAACAUGAUGCUGUAUCAGAUCUUGUCUGGGUGCAAGGGAUUAAAAAGAUCUAUUUGUGAAUAGUUCGAAUGUUUUUGUAGCGUCUAGAGCUUCAUUGAAUCCCAGGUCUUUGCACUUUACUCACCUAGCAUCUGUUUAAUCAGUCUCUGUAACCAUAGCAACAGUUGCAUCUGAGACGUCAGCUUAAAAACAUCUUUAUUUGAUCAAAAUGAAUUCUUAUCUAAAUAUUGGUAAAACAUGAUCUUUAUCAAUUAAAAUGCUUACCAUUAUUUUGAAUAUCGUUAAAAUAUUGUUAAAAAACAUGAGCAAUGUUUUUAUAGCGAAAAUGGAGGAUCAAUAUAUGUAAACUUUACUCUUUAGUUUAUCUGGUUCAAGCUAUGGCCAGGCACUGUUCAAGAGCUUUCUGUAUUUGAUGAGAUCAAGUUUAAAGUGGCAUGAUACACUAGGUUACCUUAUACCAGCUUUUUUUAGCUCUUGUUGUAAACAACUUUUUUUACACAACUUUUUACGAACAUACAGUGUUCUUAUUUAAGUUGAAUCCCUGGAUGCAUCUAGUACUAGUAUACAAGGUGAUCAACAGAACCCCUCUCUUACUACACUAUGAGGCUCAUGUCUUUGACCGGUGUGUGUUAUAUAUGUGAGGUUGAUGUUUCCCCACAUGUUGUAGCACAGCAGCUAUAUAGCCAUAAUGUAGGUGUCAAUGAAUAGGUGGGUUGAUUCUAGUUAAGAAGCGAAGGAUUAGAACGUAGGAGUGAUUCCACGUACAAUAACACUCCUUUCCAGCCUCCUACGCUCCUGAGAUCAUUUUCACUGGUAAUAUUGAAAGUUCUUGAAUUGUCACAAUUUGUCAAGGUUAACAGAUAUCAACCUAUAGAAAAAAGAGUAUAUUAAAAUGUCAAGAGGUUUGGCACUGACAGGCAAAAUGUCACCAUUUUUAAAAUGGCAAACUUCUAUCCCACUCUACCCUCCUACGCAUUGACACUUACUUAUAAGAUAUUAGGUCAAUCAAGCAAUGGAGCACUGCAUAAUGUUUAAAGAUCAAUGUGUAAAUGUAAUAUGAUUUGUUAUAAAAUCAGUCAACUUUCAAUUGUUUCAGUCACCAGUAUUUCAGUGCUGAUAUAAAGGUGUAUUUGUUUUUUGUUAGUGUCUAUAUAAAGCUAUUUUAAUACGGGUAUAUUUUAGUAAAUGCUGUGUCUACUCCAGCAUUAAAAAGCUAGAAAUUUACAAAUUUCAUGGCUGGAGUAUGGUGGGGUGUGACAGGUGGCAGAUAGUGUAAAUACGCCUGGGUAGAGUACUAGAGAAACAUAUAGUUAGGUAGAUAAACUAGUCUCGGCUAAGAGACUUGACAGGGCACUUGGAUACGUCAUGUAAGCUCUCAAUGGUUAAAAUUUAGAAUAGAUGUAUAUGUAAGGCUACGAUUUGCCUUACCACUGAAUUAUAUUGAGCUCAGGGUACCCAAUAUUACGGGGAAAAUUGUGAAUGUUUAUUACAAUACUGAGACAUUGCUGCCAAGUGCACUGCUAGAAGCAACAAAUCAAACUGUAAAUUUCAUGUGUGGGACGUAUACAUGCAUUAAGUGUUACUUACACUUGUAUGUAUAAAGUGUAAGUAACCUGCUUAGAUUAAGUGUAAUCUACACAUUUCAGGUGUAAUGUAUAUAGGUAAGGUAGCUAUAGCCAAGUACAUGUACUAAGUCUUGGUUUUAGCUCUCAAUUUGCAGAUACUAAAGGUAUCAUUACCAAGAACAAUGUAUUAUAUUCAUCUAUGUGAUAUGGUGGUCCAUGAAAAAUGGUCAGCCAUAUGAUAUGGUGGUCCAUGUAAAAUGGUCAGCUAUGUGAUAUGGUGGUCCAUGAAAAAUGGACAGCUAUAUGAUAUGGUGGUUCGUGUAUAAUGGUCAGCUAUGUGAUAUGGUGGUUCGUGUAUAAUGGUCAGCUAUGUGAUAUGGUGAUCCGUUUAAAAUGGUGAGCUAUUUGAUAUUGUUAUCCAUAUACCAUGUGGUUGGCAAUGUAUUAAAUCGUGUCAAAUCUCU